UAAAACCGGAAGUGGCGUAAUAUUUGUGCUGCCAUCAGGUAGGUGGCUAGCAACUCCGCGUUUUCCAAGUUAUAAUAAAUAUAUUUAUUUAUGAGCCGUGACUUGAUACGUUACUGAUUUAAGGAUUACUGCCCCUACUAGAAUGCGGGAUCAUCUAAAUAGCUAGAACUCUAUGAAAAGGACAGAAACAGAGCGAGCAAGCUAAUAGAAGUACUAGCAUCGUUAGCAUAGGUGUGUGGCUGUUUUGUUUGCUGCAGUGCUGUUAACGUCAGAAGCUGGCCUUUAUUGAUAAAGCACCGUAUAUGGAUCCUCACAUCAGUGUGAAAGACGAACCCACUAGUGAUGAUGACGUUGCACACAGCUGGUGCAACCCUGUCCAGCCCUCACAAAUGGACUACAGUCAUGAAGGUGCUGUUAAUAAGUCUGAGUUGGAACCAGAUGACCUUCCAGGCCUCAGGGAGGCAAGAAAACCAACAUUCAAUGUGAUUGUCAAAGAGGAGGAGGAAGAUGAGGAUGAUGAUGAGGACAUGGUUGACCGAGGUUCAGACACUGACUACACACCAAGUCCCGCUGUGGUAGUGAAGGUGGGAGAACCCAAAGCACCAAAGAAUAAGAACACAGUAAAGAAACUUCACCAGUGCCCCGACUGUGGUAAAACCUUUGAGAGGCUGUCGCGUCUGAAGAGGCACGAGCCAUCACACUUGAGGAAGAGCAAGCACCCGUGCCCUGACUGCAACCAGUCUUUGGCAACCUCUCAGUCCUGAAGAAACACAGGGCAACACACAAGAGCACCGAGAAGCUGACUCACCAGUGUCAACAAUGUGGCAAGACGUUUGAGAAGCUAUCGCGCCUC